UCGCACUUGGCAUGAGUAUAUGACAAUGUUUCCAUGACUCCCAAUAAGCUCGAGAGUAAGUCAAAUAUACUCGAUGGAAAAACAGGUGUUUGGGUUAAUUGAUAAAGACCCAUGCUUCGCUGACAACCAGCGUUCAUAUUCGACUUUCCAUUGCAUAUAUUUCACUUGGUUAGUUGCCUCUCAAGCAUUGAAAAUAACCAAUUAGUUGAAAGAGGACUUCAUACCGAAACAAACUUCCGUUUUUCUCGKGCUCUGCUCUGCUUAAGACAGCACGAUAUGAACGUAGGAAGAUACCAAAUCGAUAAAAUCCUGAGCUAAUAUAUCAAAUCUUUUACUUCAAUCUUUUUAUCAUUUCAUUUUCAAAUUCUCGUUGAUUUUUUCGGAUGCUCCUUAAGUAAUUUUGUACGAUCGCUUUGUAUGAAAAGAGGUCGGAAAACUUGUGCUCUUGCUUGGCAAGAGUGAAGGGCCACAUGGCCAGAUACCCUGUGUUUACCGACCUUUUUCGCUCAUUUGACGUCGGUAUUACUAAAUGAUGGAGUUUGCUCGGAAUCAAAACAAAACUAGCACUGCAGAACCGCCAAUUAAGUUGGGUAGCAUAGAAGUAGGACUGGUCAUCAUGGGAAUGUCUUGUAUUUGUGUUGUGGCAUGUGCUUUGAUUUUUCUUCAACUACGCUCAAUAAGAAAGCAACGACAACAACGCAGGCGAAGAGAGCGAGCUUCAAUUGUUAGUAUCACUGUUUGCAAUAACGAAGGCAUUGCUAGUGCUGCUCCACCUUCAUACGAAACUGUGUUACGCAACCCACAUCUAUAUCCAAUUUCUCCUCGAUCGUCCAUAGUAUCUGUUAACUCUACCAAAAGCUUGCGCCGAGCAUCAGAGGCCAGCGGCCAUUCUUCCAAUGCACGACCAGAUGGGAAUUCUUCUUCAGGAGCUCUUAGCCAAUCAUAUUGCACUUUACAAUUAGAAGACUUAGAGGAACCUCCUCCUCCCUUCCCUGGAAUUGUAAAUAAUGGAUUUAUAGAUCCCCAUCUUGAAAGAACCUACUAUGAUGACAUGGACACUGUGACAUAUGGUAACCAUGGUAGCAGAGAAAGAAAUCAACGUCUCAGUCAAGUGGAGCCACGUGACUUGCCAUAUUUGCAAACAAGUCGAAAUCGAAGUGUUUCAGAUAUUUGUGCGUCGACUUCUCGCUCGGCUUCUCUCAACAAUAGCGAACGUCCUUUCUUGAAGUAGUUUAUGUGCGGCGAUUCCAGCUUUCAGUCACUGAGAGAGUUUCAUGGAAAGUUAUAGAAGGGUGUGGUAACAAUAUCUGCAUACUUCCACUGGAUCUGCCUCUUUACGGCUAAUCUGGUGUAAGAACUCAUACUUUGAAUCUCCAAUAUUGCAGGAAUGGUCGAUAUAAGACUGUUCUGAUUUGUGGCCAUGAUGAAUGAUGGUUUUGUGUUAUAGAAAAGCUGUGUCAUUGUAGUGUUUUAUUUUGAGAUAAGAUAUUCCUCUUUAUUUGUAUUUGUG